GUUGACGCAGCCGGCCGGGCCAGGCCCUACGCUGGUGGCUAUGGAGCAGGACGGGGACCAGCUGUCCGCGCGGCCGGCCCUGGAGACCGAAGGCCUGCGCUUCCUUCACGUCACGGUGGGCUCCCUGCUGGCCACCUAUGGCUGGUACAUCGUCUUCUGCUGCAUUCUUCUCUACGUGGUCUUUCAGAAGCUGUCUACCCGGCUGAGGGCCUUGAGGCAGAGGCACCUGGAUGGAGCUGCUGCUGCCCUGGAACCUGAUGUUGUUGUUAAACGACAGGAGGCUUUAGCAGCAGCUCGUUUGAAAAUGCAAGAAGAAUUAAAUGCACAAGUUGAAAAGCAUAAGGAGAAGCUAAGACAGCUCGAAGAAGAAAAAAGGAGACAGAAGAUUGAAAGAUGGGACAGCGUGCAAGAAGGAAGAAGUUAUAGAGGAGAUGCAAGGAAGCGUCAGGAAGAAGAUAGCCCUGGACCUUCUACUUCGUCAGUCAUCCCGAAACGAAAAUCUGACAAGAAGCCUUUGCGGGGAGGAGGUUACAACCCUUUGUCUGGAGAAGGAGGUGGAGCCUGCUCCUGGAGGCCUGGCCGCAGAGGCCCGUCAUCUGGUGGAUGAGGCUAAGAAUCUUGCUAGUGUCGCUUUUGACAUUAGCAAGAUGAAUCCUUAACCCUCAAUUGCCUUACGCAUGCUUUUCACAGUGACUAGCAGGAGGAGGGGGCUUUCUUUGUGAUAUUAGCCAUACUCACGUCUUCAAGCAUUAAAGCAGCAUAGGGCGUGGACAUGGUCGCUUGGCAGCAGUUGGCACUUGGCCACACUCCACUGAAGCCAGUGACUGUGGUCAUUGAUUCCAUGGGUAAUUAAUUGCUAUUUGGUAGCUAAAGGCCUCCAAUGAUUGGUGAUCUUGAUAAAAGAGACCUAGCAAUGUAGUGAUCCUUCAAGUUAAGAGGUCCUUGCU